ACCCCCAUGCACUUCUUCCUCGCCAACCUGUCCUUUGCCGACAUCGGCUUCACCUCCACCACCGUCCCCAAGAUGCUGCUGAACAUCCAGACACAGAACAAAGCCAUAACCUAUGCAGGCUGUCUCAGCCAGGUGUUUUUGUCCAUAAUUUUUGCAGGAGUGGACACCUUCCUCUUGACAGCCAUGGCCUAUGACCGGUUUGUGGCCAUCUGCCAUCCCCUGCACUACAUUGUCAUCAUGAACCCCCAUGAUGUUCAUGAUGGCUUCCUGCUUCUUGCAUCCUGGGUGUUAAGUCUUCUGGAUUCUCUGUUACACAGCUUAAUGGUUUUGCGACUGUCCUUUUGCUCACAGCUGCAAAUCCCUCACUUCUUCUGUGACCUGGACCAGGUGGUCCAGCUUGCCUGUUCUGACACCUUCCUCAAUGAGCUGCUGAUAUAUUUAGCAGCGGGGGUUGUGGGGAUGAUUCCUCUCAGUGGCAUCCUUUUCUCCUACUCUAAGAUUGUGUCCUCUGUUUUGAAAAUCUCCUCAGCGAGCGGCAGGUACAAAGCCUUCUCCACCUGUGGGUCUCACCUCUGUGUGGUCUCCCUGUUCUACGGGAUGGUGCUUGGCGUGUACCUCAGCUCUGAUGCUACCCACGACUCCGGGGACAGUGCAAUCGCCUCGGUGAUGUACACGGUGGUCACCCCCAUGCUGAACCCCUUCAUCUACAGUCUCACAAACAGGGACAUAAAGCAGGCCCUGGGGAGGCUCUUCAGCUGCAGAGCAACCCCAACGUGA